AUGCGCAACCUUCGGUCUCUACUCCCACCGCUCAACUUCAUCACCAUUCACUAUGGCUACUUCAUCGUGGUCCCGCUGGCCGCGUCGCUCGUGUUCUGGGGCUCAUCCAAUCCCAGUCUGAGCAUCUCCUAUGUCGACAGUCUCUUUCUCAUCGUUUCUGCCAUGACGGAGGCUGGACUGAAUACCGUCAACUUGAGCCAGAUGACGACAUGGCAACAAGUCAUUCUUUGGCUUAUGAUCAUCAUUGGUAGCUCAAUAUGGGUUUCAAUCUGGACCGUACUGGUCCGAAAGCAUGCUUUCGAGCGUCGCUUCGAGGAGAUUGUCAAGAAGGAGCGCGAGACCAGUCGUCUCCGGCGCAAUACGAGCUUAACCCUUCUUCCCAUUACCAAGAGGCUCCGAACUUUCAGCAGGAGUAGGAAUGCUGCUCGUCCAGCUUCCGCUCUAGUUCACAGCCGCGACGCUGAUGGGUCCAUCCUACCUAUCUCCGCCCCAAUCGAUGGGCACCCAAUAUCGACCAUAGUACCGGCGAGAACAAACCAGUCUUCAAUCGAGUUGACCUCGCAGCCAAGCCAUGGCUCACUCGCCAAUCCAGAAUUUGCUCAGAAGGCCACUUUCUCUGAUGAUGAGCCGUUGUCUCCUUCUUCACCAGAGCCGGAAGCUGGCUCUCCCGGGGCUACCAGCAAUAUGGAGCAUAUAGUUUUCGCUGACGAUGUCCGCAACAAGGGCGUCUCGAGCUCUUUUGCUCCUAGGAACGGCGCCAUACGACGACACAUACCAAGUACCGACAACGCAGAAGCUGUAGCGACAACUCACGACUACCCGAGUGCCUACAAGGUCGGGCGCAACGCUCAAUUCCAUAGUCUCACAAUUGAGGAGCGCGAGAACCUUGGCGGCACAGAAUACCGCGCUCUCAGGCUUCUCUCCAUAUUCGUCCCUAUUUACUUCUUCGCUUGGCAAAUACUUGGGUCUGUUGCGCUAGGUGCAUGGAUUGCCAAUAAUCAGCCGCAGCCGGCUCUCGACAAUGCCAUCUCGCCUUGGUGGAACGGCAUAUUCAACGGCGUGUCGGCCUUCAACAACAGUGGCAUGAGUGUGCUAGACCUGAACAUGAUACCCUAUGGCGGCUCCUACUUUGUACUCAUAGUCAUGGGGGCGAUGAUACUAGCUGGGAACACGGCCUAUCCCCUCUUCCUCCGCUUAUCCCUAUGGUUGAGUCCAGCUUCUACGCAUGUCGGGCGUCAUCUUUUCUCUCUAGGAACAUAUAUGACUGGUACUAAUGCCACGUCUUCCGCUGUCCUAGAAGAUUAUGUCGAGUGGAAGGCAACACUCGAGUACAUUCUCAAAUACCCCCGCCGGGUCUACACCAGCCUUUUCCCAUCACGCCAGACGUGGUGGCUCUUGUUCAUGCUGUUCACCCUCAACGGUACCGAUUGGGUGGCAUUUGAGAUCCUGAACCUUGGCAACCCGACCCUCGCGAACACCCCCAUUGGCUCCCGCGUCAUCGAUGGUCUCUUCCAAGCACUUGCUGUGCGCUCGGGCGGAUUCUACGUUGUCUCUAUCCCCACGCUGUAUAUUGGCCUUCAGGUGCUUACGUGA